UUUCAUCCAUUAAGUAUCUUAGUCAUUCAUCCAAUGCACAAGCUUGCGAUCUGAACACGGAGUUCGGCGAGUGUCUGCCAAGCUUCGUUUUCUCGCAAACGGAAAUCCAUUGUAGGGCUUCACAGUCUGGACUUGCUGAGAGAAGUGUAAUUGAAGAAUUGAAAAUGAAUGGCAAAAUUCUGCAGCAUCGACCCGCCGUUGUCGCGGCCGUUGUGGGAACAGGGGCGAUUGCAGCAUCCAUGGUAGCAAUCGUUGCCAAAUUGUGGCAACGCUCCCACAAACGGCCUCGAGUGCCCAUCACCAUUCUGUCGGGUUUCCUCGGUGCUGGCAAGACCACUUUGUUGUCUCGGUUACUGAAGAAUGCAAAUGGACUGCGCAUUGCAGUGCUCGUAAAUGACCUUGCAGAGGUGAAUGUGGAUGCGCGACUCUUGUUGGGCGGGGGUCAGGCCUCGGCCCUUGCUGCUUUCAGUCAGCUCGAGAAUGGAUGUUUGUGCUGUAGCACAGAGACAGAUGUUAUCGGAGCUGUAAGGGAGCUCCUCGAGAUGGGAGGUGAAAUUGAUCAUGUGGUGGUUGAGUGCUCCGGUAUGGCUCAGCCUAGCAGCCUCAUAGAGUUGUUUGCCAAAGCCGAAGCGGAGGGUCAUUCAUACAAAACGGUUGCGAUGCUUAAUCAAAUGGUUACUUUGGUAGAUGGGAGGACGCUACUGAAGUGGAUAGAAGUAGCGAAUAGAUCCACACUAACACAAUUUGGUGAUGAGGCCGGCAGUCUGGCAGAGUUGCUGGUAGAGCAGAUUGAAUGUGCAGACCUCAUAAUACUUAGUAAAGUAGACUGCUUGCAACAAACCCAGAUUUCAAAAUGUCGCACAGCCAUCAAAGCCUUGAAUCCAAGUGCCAUUUUAGAGUGUGCAUCAUUCGGAGAUAUCUCUUCAACGAUGGUAUUCGGUACGAGGAAAGGUUGUGUUUCAUCCAGCAAAAAGAAACAUUUUCUUACUCAUCAUAAAUAUCGUGAUCAUCACUACCACGAACAUGGUGUGGAUGGGCAGCAUGUACCCCAUGUUAGAAGUUUUGUAUACAAGUCUUGCCGCCCUUUCCAGCCUCAGCGACUGGUGGUUGUCCUUAGGAGCUUACGCACGCAAUUUGAAGCAAGCUCUGGUGAACAAGGGAAGAAGUGCAUGGGAACAGGAAUAUUACGUGCGAAGGGACUUGUAUGGCUAGCAACUGAUAUGGAAAAAGCAAGGGAAUGGGCUCAAGUAGGGGAAACGCUUCACCUUCACGAUGGCGACUUAUGGAAGGAGGAAUGGAAAUCAAAUACAGAUACAGGAUGGAGAGGGGGACAUUAUGGUGACAGACGACAAGAAAUUGUCUUCAUUGGAACAAGCGAAAUGCAAGAAGUAGAUCUUCGCAAUGCACUUGACCAUUGUUUACUUACAUCCGGUGAAAUGGAAUCCGGGCCGAGUGCAUGGGAGAAGUUUCCUGACCCUAUAAUAAUUACUCCCGGAGAACCUCGCCACAAGAAACCCACAACGCAUGGAGUGGGUUGCACCUGCUGCGACCCUGACUUGAAGUUACUAGAUCAAGCAGUAUCAAGGCAGAUUGGCUAGAGUUGCGAAGUUGCGAAGUUGCGAAGACCUUGUAUCACGCCUUACAGCCAGCAUGCGGACUGUAAAGUUUCCCGCAUUUGUUGGUUGCAACUUUGUUAUCUAUCUGAGGUUGCAGCUGCUAUUACCCAACUAAAGGCCAUCCUUAUGAAAAUCCAAGCUGGGGUCGGAGAAACCCUGGUUGGAAAGGUGGGGAAGCCACAUCUCUGAACAGCACGUUUGCAGCCAAAGUGCGACCUUGACUCAUGGUGCUGAGAAAGGAACUCAAAAAAUAGAUCUGAUCAGUGAAUUACACAAGAAAAUGGCGGGGAUACGGAUUAUUGAUGUUUUUAGACACGGGGAUCUCAGAUCUUCCUGAUGUAGCUACUACACAAUCAUACGCAGCUCUGACUAUUGAUUGUUUUCAACGAGUCAACGGGUUGGUAGGUACACCUGAAUUAUUUAUCAUUGCAUCUAACUCCUUUCUCCUCUA